AAGUGAAAAAAAUCCUGUUCCGUGUUCUCAGCUGUUUUGUUAUUGUCAUCCAACUUACGUCAUGUUUGACAUACAAGCAGAUGUCAAAACAAACAGUUCAGUUCAGGUCAGUAGGGAGAGGACAUUAUUAACAGUAAAAUAAUACGAUAUUUUCACUGAAUCAUGACUGCAAUACUGGGCGGUGGGCUAGGAGGCCUAUCUACGGGUUAUUAUUUACUCAAAAAUAAUAUUAACAACAACAGCAAUCUGAAAUUAUUCCUGUUAGAAGCGACUAACUACUGCGGCGGCUGGAUCAAAACUAUCCGAACCAAGGACUAUUUGUUCGAGCAAGGUCCAAGAACUAUUCGACCUAAAGGAACCACUGGACUGAACACGUUAAAUAUGAUCCAAGAUCUCGGUCUCAGUGAGCACAUAGCACCCAUCAAACCAGACCAUCCGGCGGCCAAGAACAGAAUGAUUUAUGUACGAAAUAAUCUACAUAUCUUACCUUCGAGUUUAAUAAGUGUCUUCCAGAAGAAUCAACCGUUCUCUAAACCCCUUAUUUAUGCUCUGUUCAAUGAUAUUAAGUCACCUUAUAAAGAAAUGGAGGAUGACUCAAUUUACAAUUUUGUUGAAAGAAGAUUUGGUAAAGAAAUAGCAGAUUAUGCUAUAUCUCCAAUGAUAUGUGGUAUUUGUGCUGGAGACGCCAAACAAAUAUCUGUAAAAUUUCUAAUGAAAACAUUAUUUGAAUGGGAGCAAAAUCAUGGAGGAGUUGUGAAAGGAUUAAUGAAGUCGAUGUUUAAUUCUAAAUCAGCAGGUGAUUUAGAAUUAAGUGAGAGCAAAAGAGCACAGGAAGAGAAAUGGAAUGUUUACACUAUAAAGGGUGGUUUGGAAACAUUUCCUGAUACUUUACAUAAUUAUUUAGUUGAAAACAAUGUGACUGUCAAACUAAACUCUCAAGUGGAAGAAAUUGAGUUUGUUGACUCCAGCUCAGUGGCAUUGAAAAACAAUAAUGGUAUAACUCUGACAGCUAACCAUGUUUAUGCAUCAAUACCAGCUUAUUCUCUUGCAAAGUUAGUUGAAAAACAACAUCCAGUAUUAGCAGAAAGUUUAUAUGAAAUUCCUUUUGUAACUGUAGCCAUAGUUAACUUAUACUUUGACACAACGGAAAACCUUAUUAAGCCCGCCUUUGGAUUUCUAGUGCCCCCAAUUGAAAACUGUCCUAUUCUUGGAGUUGUCUUUGAUUCCUGUUGCAUACCUGAUCAAAACGAAACUGUUCUAACUGUGAUGCUUGGGGGGAAAUGGUUUGAAGAGAAGUUUGGUGCCAAUCCUCCUGAAAACAUGUUGAUGGAAAUAGCUCUGGCAGAGAUACGCAAGAUACUGAAGAUAAAGGAAAGUCCAACUGCUUCAAAUGUUAACAUUUUGAAGAAAUGUAUACCACAGUAUGUAAUAGGUCAUUAUGAGAGGGUAGACAGGAUCCGUGAGUACAUCCAAGUCAAUAACUUGCCUAUAUCUCUGGUUGGCUGCAGUUAUGAUGGUGUAGGCAUAAAUGACGUUAUUUUUUCUGCCAAAACUCAAGUGGAGGAUAGUCCUUGUGUAUUUCAUGACAAACCAACAUGACAUUCAUGAAGAAAUGUUUCUACAACUUUUGGGUCUAAUUGCUUGUCUUUUUAGGGGUGUGCAUGUUUUUUAUUACUGAGCAUUUAUUUUGUAUAUUUUUGUUAAUAAAGGUUUGGUUUAAAAUGCAA